AUGUCUGCAGAUUCCGUCGCUGCUCCACGUUUGAGCCUGAAUGUGAGAUAUAACAGAAACAUCCAAGAGAACAGCGGAGAGGAAGAGGAGAGGAAGGUGGAGAUCUUAGAGGAUGAAGAGCAUCACGCUGAUCUCGGGCCACAAAGAGCCAGACCACAUACUCAAAAUAACUCUGCAGCCAACAACAGAAGGUGUUUCAAAGCUACUGCAGUGACUCUGGGAGGGUUUUAUCUUCUGAUGUUGGCUGGACUCUUCAUUCGCUUCACUUUGCUGCAGACCCAAUAUGAUCAACUGAUCAACAACAACAGUCAGCUCCAGAGGAGUUACAAAACACUGAGUGUAAAUCACAGUCAGUUACAGAAUGAAGUAAAGCAGCUGAAGAACAGAACUGAAGAGAAGUGGUGUUCUGAUGGAUCGACGAGACUUGGACGCAGUUGUUACUUUAAAUCUAAAGAGGAGAAGACUUGGUCUGGAAGCAGAGCUGACUGUCAGCAGAGAGGAGCAGAUCUGGUCAUCAUAAACAACAAAGAGGAACAGAAGUUUGUCACUGAGCUGAGUAAGGAUGGAGAGUCCUGGAUUGGUCUACAGUAUGAAAGGAGCCAAGGAUGGAAAUGGGUGGACGGAUCACCGCUGGCAGAAACGAUCUGGGCAUCAGGACUGACUCACUAUGAAGGUUACCCUCCAACAUGCUGCGAUCAACAAGGAAAAUGGACACAAAGAUAUGAUUCUGAAAAAAAGAACGGGAUCUGUGAGAAAAAGAUCUGA